GCCCCUGGCCCUGCGGCAUCGCCAUCGGUCUCGCGGCAGCCGUCCGAUCAGAUCGGAGCACAGCGCCGCAGGGGGGGCACCGCGACGUGCGGCGGGAGCCAGCCGUCCCACACGCGCUCCACCCAAAAAUCCCCCUUGCUCACGCGCUCGCUUGCUUAAAUCCCCAAAGCCCCCCCAAAUCCCCCGGUCCUCCUGUUCAUUUCUCUCGUCCCCCCCCCCCCCUCCCCCUCCUCGCCGCUUGCCGCUGAAGAGGGAGGUUCUCGGGUGCGUGCGCGCGCGCGGGCCAGAUGGAGGCGGCGACGAUGGCGUGGACGGCGGCGGUCGUCGGGGUCGGGCUGGUGUACUGGUUCGUCUGGGUGAUGGGCGCGGCGGAGGUGAAGGGCAAGCGGGCGGUGGAUCUCAAGAUGGGAUCCAUCACGCGGGACAAGGUGCAGGACAAGUACACGCAGUACUGGUCCUUCUUCCGCCGCCCCAAGGAGACGGCCACCACCGCCGCCUCGGCGGAGAAGGUGCCCGACUUCGUCGACACCUUCUACAACCUCGUCACCGACAUCUACGAGUGGGGUUGGGGCCAGUCCUUCCACUUCUCCCCCUCCCUCCCGGGCCGCUCCCACCGCGAGGCCACGCGCGUCCACGAGGAGCGCGUCGUCGACCUCCUCGGCGCCAAGCCGGGCCACCGCCUCCUCGACGUCGGCUGCGGCGUCGGAGGGCCCAUGCGCGCCAUCGCCGCGCACUCGGGCUCCAACGUCGUUGGCAUCACCAUCAACGACUACCAGGUCAACCGCGCCCGCGCCCACAACCGCAAGGCCGGCCUCGACUCCCGCUGCGAGGUCGUCUGCGGCAACUUCCUCUCCAUGCCCUUCCCGGACGCCUCCUUCGACGGCGCCUACUCCAUCGAGGCCACCUGCCACGCGCCCAGGCUGCAGGACGUGUACGGCGAGGUGUUCCGCGUCCUCAAGCCCGGCGGCCUCUACGUCUCCUACGAGUGGGUCACCACCUCGCUGUACCGCGCCGAGGACCCGGACCACGUCGACUGCAUUCAGGGCAUCGAGCGCGGCGACGCGCUCCCGGGCCUGCGCCGCCAGGACGAGAUCGCGUCCAUCGCCAAGGAGGUCGGCUUCGAGGUGCUCAAGGAGCAGGACCUCGCCCUGCCCCCCGCGCUGCCCUGGUGGACGCGCCUCAAGAUGGGGCGCAUCGCCUACUGGCGCAACUCCCUCGUCGUUCGCGUGCUCACCAUGCUCCGGAUCGCCCCCAAGGGCGUGUCCGAGGUGCACGAGAUGCUCUUCGAGACCGCGCAGCACCUCACCAAAGGCGGCGAGACCGGCAUCUUCACGCCCAUGCACAUGGUGCUCCUCCGCAAGCCCGCCGCCACCCCCACCGCCACCGAGGAGGCGAAAUGAAGUGUAAGGCUACGAUACCGCCAUUUACUCACCCGCCGCAAGGGGAGGAGGAGGAAGAAGGAGCAGAAGAAAUAAUCAGGCAGGAGCAGCAGAGGUAAGAAGAGCAGGCUACCCGGAGAGCUUCAGGAAUCAAAUUCGAUCUCUUAGAGAAGAUACUACUAGGAAGGAACCAUGCUUCGUGUUACUCUUUUCUUGUUCGUAGAUUUCAGUUUAACUUUUUUGGUGGGGGAUUAUCGGGUUGGAGAGAGGGAGUGGAGGUUGGGAUUUAAAUUUGUUUUCUCGCUUGCUUGAUCGGUGGAUCCAUCUAUAUCUAUCUAUAUCACCAGCCAUGUUUUGCCUGCAACAAUGCGCUGGAAUUGAAUUCUCCAA